AUGCAUUCCUCCAUCAUUACCUCGUUUGCCACCGCGGCUUUGCUCUCUGUGGCCGUCGCCAGGCUCGACAAGCCCGUCAUCAAGCCUCCCUUUCCCAAUGGCGGUCUCGGCAGCCUGGGCCCCGAUCUCAUGUCGUCGCUCAAGGUCGCCUCUCACACGACCGACGACUGGGACAAGAACCACCUCCCGCGCGACUGCAAGAGCCUCGCCCAGAACGCCGGCUUCUCGCCGCUCGACGUCAGCGCCUUCAACAUCCACUACGAUGACUGCAAGAGCCAGCCGUGGGUCUUUUGCCGCCACAAGGACUCGCCGCUCAGCAAAAAGGACAUGACGGAGCUCUUUGGCCGCAUGCCCGUGCGCAUGCGCCAGUUCAUCCGCCACAUCAUCGCGCUGCCGGGCCAGCGCUCCGCCGGCAGCUCAGGCGACAACAUCCAGAUGAACGGCGACGUCGAGAUCACCGUCUUCAUCCACGAGACGGGCCACUCGCUCGACUCGCACGCCUUCGACCCCAAGCUCGGCGCGCCCUUCUCCAACGGCAAGGCCUGGACCGACGCCUACAACAAGGACUCGGCCGUCACCGACGACUACGCCCAGACGUCGCAGCAGGAGAACUUUGCCCAGGAGACGGUCGUCUCCGUCUACGACAAGAACGUCAAGGGCGGCAUCGGCAAGAUCCAGCCCAACGCCCAGGCCAUCCGCAACGCCUACACCACUCUCGAGAAGUACAUUGGCAACAUCAUCAUCCCCGGCGGCGUGUGCACCCACCGUCUGGAGAACAGCCCUUCUGUGCCCAAGGCCGACUCUGCCAGAACUCGUCUGGUCCCCAAGUCUGAGCCCGUCGGUGAGGGUCUGACCAGAAUCGAGCCUAUUGCGAUGGGUCCCAUCACCCCGGCUAGCUAUUAA